GGCGGGGGUGGGGGAAGCUACAGAGCGGAAAAAGAGAUUUAUUUAAAAAAAUAAACACAAGGAAGACAUGUUCAUCUGAGCCAGCAAUGCCGGCUUUCACGGGAGCCCCCGCAGACUGCUGCCCUCAGCUCACCGAGGAAGGUGGGGUGGCCAGUGUCUCAUCCCACGCCCCCAGCCCCCCACAUCUCCUGGGGAGCCCCCACCCAGGAUGGGCUCUUCAGGAGGCCCACCUCCUCUCCAGCCUGCAGCCCAAGGGGUUUCAGUGUCCCCUCCUGGAAAGACGCCAAGGCCAGCCUGUCUGCCUUUUCUAGUUUUAUACAAAGACAGCCACUUUUAGCUACUACUUAGGAGACUCCUGUCUAUUUUUGUAUGAGAGAGAAAGCAUCUUUUCUAAACCUGUGCCUCCCCUCCUUGGAUACCAGGGUCUAGAUGCCACCCUGUGUCCUGCCUGCAGUAUUCCAGAUGCCAUCGCAAAGUUCAGAGCUUUUCCUGAGGGCUGGGGGCCGGGGAGUGUGGGGCGCAGGGGCUGCUGCCGGCUGGGCUGGCCUCCCAGGCUGUCCUCCUGGGCUGGUGUCUGGCUGUGUUCCUGCCCUGGGCCCUCCUUCCUGCCCUGGCCUCCCCAGCCCUCACGGCACCCCCAGGCCAGGACAGGGUUUCUGCUGUACCGGGGUGGAGGCCCGCCCAGGGCUAUUUCAAGAACUCCAGCUGGCCCGGAGCAGCUGCGGGAGCUGCGGGAGCAGAGCGGCUCUUGGCCCACCGGGCCUGCCCUGCUAUUUCAGGCCCUCAGCUGUAGGGGGUCACUGGGGCUUUUCUGGGCUACGAGCUCACACUGCAAGAGCAGUGUCGGAUUUUAUUAUGUUCUCAAUUUCCCCCUUUGCUGCUGCUUUUCUUUUCGCGCUGAGACUGUGUGGUCUCCAUGCUGUUGACCUCGCUCUGUCCCUCAGUCCGCUUGUGGAUCUUGGGGUCAUCUUAGCAGAGCCACCAUAGGCUUUGCACUCAGGGAGGAGCUGGGUGUCAGGGGGGUCGGGGGACACCCCCCCCCCACCGAGAGCGAGCUCAGAUAAUGUGCCCUGUCCGCCCACUCUGGGCGCAUGGGCUCCAUGGACACCAUAAUUGCUGCUUAGUAGCUGUGCCUAGUCCAGUGUCCCCCAGAGUGUUGGGGGACCAUGCGCACGCAUGCACCUGUGUGUGCGCACGUAUGCACGUGUGUGUGUAUGUGGGGGGGGGGACCCUGCCGGGUUGUAGUGGGGCCUGAGGCGUGUGUUCACAUUCAGGGCCACAGUCCAUGGAGCCACCAGGACUGGGGAGGCAGAGGGAGUGGCUGCAACCUGGAGCCUGGGGCUGGCAAGCUGGGGGGUGCUGGGGAUGCGGCCGCCCAAAGGAGUGAGGCAGGGAGAGCAUGAGUGAUUGGCAGGCAGGUCUGUUCUUCUAAGCCACAGGGAGGUCUCCUGCUGGCUUCCCAAAGAGCGGUGCCGAGUGGAGGCUCCCCUGCAGCGUGCCCGGCCCACUGGUGCCUUCCUGGGUGCCCCUGGGAUGCCCAGAGCACCAAGGCAACUGAUCCUUCAUGUUUCAAUAAGUGUUUUGUUUUUCAUUUGGGAUGAGUGGGAGGGCUGAGCGGACCCCAGGGACCCCCGAGCUCCACAUAUAGCUGUGUCGCGUGCGCAGACUGUACCCAGCUGGACAGGCAGACUCGGGUGAAGGAUUAUUUAAGGAGGCUGCAGCGGGAGGGCUGAUCCAGCCCUCUGCCCUGGGAACCAGUUCAAGGGACUCUAAGUUGAAUUUCCUUUUUGUUGUUGGCUUUUUGUUGUUUUUUUUGUUAUUGUUGUUGUUUUUCUCCUUUUAAGGAAUUAUGAAGCUAAGAAAAGUAUUGUGCUUUGGGGGAUGAUGGACAAAAGUUCUAGCUGAUUAAAUAUGGUCUAACUUAUUGAUACUGUGUUCCCCCCCCCUUUUAAUAUUGUACUGUGGAGAAAAACUAUUUUGAGCCAUGGAGUUGGUGUUUACAAGAACUUUUCACUUUUGCCAAAAUGUUACGAUUGAAAGGCAUCUGCGUCUUCAGUUUCCUAAUAUUUUCUUAAAAGAUCUAGUGUCCUUUUUGUACACUAAGCAGGUGAAUGCUGAUUUUUUCAACCUACAAUAAAUUUCACUGAACCGAACCCCGCAGCCCCAGGUGCCUGGGUGCAUUUGUGUCUGUCCUAACCGGGGCCUCCUGGCCCCCUGUGGGGGUGGGCUGGGGUCGGGAGGAGACGGGGCGCUGGAGCAGCCAUGGUGUUGAGCAGGUAUGAGGUGCGGGGUAGGGUGGGAGGCAGGGAGGCGGGUGGGUGGAGACUAGCCGAGACGGAUGGGCCCUGCUAAUGCGAGGCAUGAGGUCAAACUGCCUGGUCAUAGGUAGGAAAGGAUGAAGACAAGCUAUGGGGAUAGUGGGGAGCCACGGUAGGUAUAGGAGUAGGGCUGUGUCCUCAGGUGGUAGAUCAGGUCCAGCAGGGGCCUUCCAAAGUGCCAUACCCCCCAGGAGUAGUAGGGACACCUGGGGCCAGGGGAGUGCCCUUCCUUGGGGGUAAAUGACCUGUGGAUGGGGAAAAGGGCAGUGAUGGCGCUUGUUUUAUUGUUUCUUCCCACCAGGCCGGCUCGCAGGGGCUGCCCCUGUGCCCAUGAUGGGGAUGGGGAUGCCAAGGCCCAGUGGGAUCUCCCAGGCCCAGAAUGGCAGCAGGGAUGGCUGUCCUUGUCCCAUGCUCCAGGUGAGGAGAUGAAGGCAGGGGUCAGGGUCCUGCUUUUGAAGGACAGGGUGGGGGUGGGUGUUUAUUUUAGAAAGGAAAAACAGACAAAGAAUAAUAAGCCUGGGAUGAAAGGGGUCCAGGGGUCAGGGGCUCUGGGUCUUAGGCUUUUGGACAGCCCUGCUGGCUCCAGCCUUGGCCCGAGUUCUAAGGUGGCCUGGGAAUCCAAGGGGCACAGGAGAUAAGGUCAGGCGGGCCCGUGGGGCAGGGUGUACCCUGCUCCCUGGGCAGCCUGGCUAUCCCGUCCUUUCAGGGGAUAACAUCUCUAUCCCCACAGUCCAGGGUCCAGGGCCAGUGUCUGCUUCUUUGUACCCUGUCGUGCCUUAGCUUUGCUGUGGCCACGUGCUCCCCAGGUCCUUCACCAGACUCCCCUGCAGCCCCUCGCGCUGCCCAGAGGCACCAUGGCCAUCACGCCCUGAGUGCGCAUCAGCUGCAGGAGGUGCCCCCAGCACUCUGAUCCCACGGCCCCUUCUAUGUGCUAGGCUCUGCAUGGGCACUGGUACUUGGUGGAGAUAGCCCUGCCCCUGCCUUCAGUAGCCUGUGUUAUGGUGGGGACAGGGAUUCCCCAGUCCCCCCCAGGGCGCACAGUACCUCCCUGUCACACACCCAGGCAGUCCCUGCAAUUGCUGUCCGGUGCCCCACUGACUGUUCUGUUUUCGCCCUUCUCCCGGCACCUCCCACAGGCUGCCCAGUGAAUGCGGGGGUUCCCCAAGCCUGGGUCUUGGGGCCUUUCCAGUCUCUGCACAUUCCCAGGUCACCUGGCACUUGGAGGCACAAGUGCCUUCCAGACCGCUGGCAUCAACUGGAUUUCAGUUCUUGGAGUUGGUAGCAGAGCCUGCAGGUUAAGGGCUCCGUCCCAUGAGCCCGCCCCCCACUCCAGGCACCUGCCACAAGUCUCUGGCCACUGGCUAUGAAUCAGGUGUUCCCACGGCUCCCUCCUAGGUUUGCUUGAAUGGCUUACAGCACUCAGGAGAACACUUCAGCCGCCAAACAGGAGGUAGAUGCUGAAGGCAGGGUGUGGGGAAUGGCACUGGGCGCCCAUGCCCUUCUCCAGGUGAGCCCCCCUCCCACAUUUCCUGUGUUCGCUCAACCUGUGUGGUUUCGGGGGUUUUGUGGAGGUUCCAUUACGUAGGUAUGAUGAAAUCACCAGCCUUUGGCUGUUGCACUCCAUCUCCAGCCAGAAACUAGGGACAAGACCCAAAUACUUAUUACACAAUAUUCCCUGUCCCCAGCCUUGAGGGUCGGCCCUGGUCCCCAGACUGCUGCUCCCCCCAUCCCACCUGGCCACCUUUUCACCUGCCCCUGAACCCAUUCCCCCCAGGUUUUUGCAUGGGCAGUUCUUCAUGUAUCUUGAUAAAAGAUGUGUCGUGUCUCAAGGCCCCUUCCAGCAACCACCUCUCCUAGGCAGCCUGCCCUGCCAGACCAACUUCCAGGUUGCCUCUGGCUUGGGGUGCCCCAGUCUACUUCCGGCUCCCCCACACUGGAGUCCCUUGAGGUUGAAACUUGGAGCCCCCAACCCCCAAGGCCAGGCCCAUGUUUCCUGUGAGUGUUCCCAACUAUCCACCUUUUGGGUCAGCUCCAGUGGUGGAAACUUUCCAGCCGGAGGAGGCCGCUUGUUUUGGAAAGUUCCUGGGGGAGCCGCCCCCGCCCUCCCGCCGGGUUCCCACGCUCCCUUAUCACUGGGUGCUAGGGGGGCGCAGUGCUGUGCAUGCCUUGCUCCUCCCCAGCUGACCUCCUUGGUCCUGCCCCCUCCUCCCUUCCCCUCCUCUCCUCAGGGAACACUGGCCCCUCCAGCCUGGCUACGACAAGCCCUCCUGCUACAGCUCUCCGCGAUGGAGGCUACAGGCAAUUUCGUGGUCGAGAGCCCCGACGUGGUCUACGGCCCUGAUACCAUCGAGGCUCAGUACGAGUACCGGACAGCGUGUGUCAGCCGCGAGGGCAGCGUCCUCAAGGUAUACCCCACGUCCACGCGCUUCACCUUUCGGACCGCUCGGCAGGUGCCCCGGCUUGGGGUCAUGCUCGUCGGCUGGGGCGGGAACAACGGCUCCACGCUCACCGCCGCGGUGCUGGCCAACCGACUGCGCCUCUCCUGGCCCACGCGCACAGGCCGCAAGGAGGCCAACUACUACGGCUCGCUGACGCAGGCGGGCACCGUUAGCCUGGGCUUGGACGCCGAGGGCCAGGAGGUGUUCGUGCCCUUCAGCUCACUGCUGCCCAUGGUGGCACCCGACGACCUCGUGUUCGACGGCUGGGACAUAUCAUCGCUGAACUUGGCUGAAGCAAUGCGGCGCGCGCAGGUACUGGAUUGGGGGCUGCAGGAGCAACUGUGGCCGCACUUGGAGGCGCUGCGCCCGCGGCCCUCUGUCUACAUCCCCGAGUUCAUCGCAGCUAACCAGAGUGUGCGCGCUGACAACCUCAUACUGGGCACGCGCGCACAGCAGCUGGAGCAGAUCCGUAGGGACAUCCGUGACUUCCGGUCCAGCGCUGGGCUAGACAAGGUCAUCGUGCUGUGGACAGCGAAUACUGAGCGCUUCUGCGAAGUGGUCCCAGGCCUCAAUGACACCGCUGAGAACCUGCUACGGACCAUCCAGCUGGGCCUGGAGGUGUCGCCCUCCACUCUCUUCGCUGUGGCCAGCAUCUUGGAGGGCUGCGCCUUCCUCAAUGGGUCCCCACAGAACACACUGGUGCCCGGGGCACUUGAGCUCGCCCAGCAACGACGUGUCUUCGUGGGUGGUGAUGACUUCAAGUCAGGCCAGACCAAGGUCAAGUCCGUGCUUGUGGACUUCCUCAUUGGCUCUGGCCUCAAGACCAUGUCCAUCGUGAGCUACAACCACCUGGGCAACAACGAUGGGCAGAACCUGUCGGCGCCGCCACAGUUCCGCUCCAAGGAGGUGUCCAAGAGCAGCGUGGUGGACGACAUGGUGCAGAGCAACCCGGUGCUCUACAGGCCCGGCGAGGAGCCUGACCACUGCGUGGUCAUCAAGUACGUGCCAUACGUUGGCGACAGCAAGCGCGCGCUGGACGAGUACACCUCGGAGCUGAUGCUGGGCGGCACUAACACGCUGGUGCUGCACAACACGUGCGAGGACUCCCUCCUGGCUGCGCCCAUCAUGCUGGACCUGGUGCUGCUGACCGAGCUGUGCCAACGUGUGAGCUUCUGCACGGAUGCCGACCCAGAGCCACAGGGCUUCCACUCAGUGCUGUCGCUGCUCAGCUUCCUGUUCAAGGCGCCGCUGGUGCCUCCGGGCAGCCCGGUGGUGAACGCGCUCUUCCGCCAGCGCAGCUGCAUCGAGAAUAUCCUCAGGGCCUGUGUGGGGCUCCCGCCGCAGAACCACAUGCUUCUGGAGCACAAGAUGGAGCGCCCCGGGCUCAAGCGAGUGGGGCCUAUGGUAGCCACCUGCCCUGUGCCUUGCAAGAGAGGAGCGGCGCCCACUGCCCCCAAUGGCUGUACGGGUGAUGCCAAUGGGCUCUCGCAGGCUGGCGCACCCCAGAUGCCCACCACUUAAGGCCAUGGCCAUCCUCCCCCAAAACUCUUGCCCCACUGCCCCCUCAGGACCCAACCCUUCCAAGACCCCUGAAGACAAUAAAGCCAAUGCCACUCUCA